AUGUCAAAGAAAGACCCAAGGGAAAGACCCUUGAUUCUGUACACCGAUGGAAGCGGAAUUUAUGGAAGGAUCGGAGCAGCAGCGGUCGUCGACCUAGAGGAUCAACAUGCCCACAACCAAAUGGGAGACGACAAAUUGGUGGUCAUCUUUGUAGACAGCCAAGCAGCGCUGAAGGUGCUCAGGCGACCACGGAUGCCAUCGGGACAGGUCUAUCUAGCAGGAUGCCUCGGCCUGAUCCAGCGGCUUGCGGGCAGAGACGUCCGGAUAGAACUCAGAUGGAUUCGUGCGCACCAAGGGGUCAUUGGUAACGAGAUCGUGUACCAACACGCGAAAGAAGCAGCGCAAGAACCGGACGGCCCACAGAACCCUCUCAACCGAGGGACAUGUCUCGCAGCCGCAGCGAAACGGCAAAUUCGCAGAAAAAGCGAAGCUGGAGUGGGACAGGACGUGGGCCAAGGAAACGACCAGUCGACCGAUGAAACGCUUGAUUGA